GUACUCUGAAAAAAGCUCUUCGUGUGCGAAGCUGAGUCGGCGUCGAAUACAUGAAGCAAGCAUGAAUCAUGGCAGAGGAAACCCCCUUAGAGGAUAGGUAGGUCACACAACCAUAACCUGGUACGAUCAUGAAAACUAAAAGUGAGAGAGGGUUCCCGAGGCGGAACCGUUGAUGAGAAAUGAAACACCAGAAUCCACGGAGGGAGCCCAGGCCGGAGCCUCGCCCGACCACACAACAGAUAGUCCCGACGAUAACAGCGAACAUUCAGCAACAACAGCAACACCAAACUUCCGCGUUAACUUAUUCGCGGAGAAGCAUACUCUCUCCCAAUGGUUCCCCCAGAUCCAGGACGACGAAAACGACAGCUGGCGCAUCUAUCUUUCGCGGCGGAGCCAGGCCCUGCUGCUGCAAAUCGUGCUGGUCAGCGUGAUCUUCGCGACCAACCUCGGCCUGACGAUCUUUGCAACCGUCCGGUACGGCAGCGAAAACGGGGUGGGGACCCUCUACAAGGGCGACUGCGGCAAGGUCAAGACCCUCAACCAGUGGAUGCAUCUUUUGAUAAACCUGCUCAGCACCGGCAUGCUGUCGGCCUCGAACUACUGCAUGCAGCUACAGGUCGCGCCGACCCGCGCCGACGUCGACCGCGCACACCAGGCUCGCGCGCACGAGGUGAGUCGCGCCCACCAGGAGGGGACAUGGCUGGAUAUCGGCGUGCCGAGCUUGCGGAAUCUGCGGUACAUCAGCAACUGGCGACGGCUAGCCUGGUUUCUGCUGGCGUUCAGCUCUGUCCCCAUCCAUCUCAUUUACAACUCCGCCAUCUUCCAAGCUCUCGCCUCGAACGACUACACGAUCGCCGUCGUCAAGAACUCCUUCGUCGACGGCAGCCCCUGGAACCUCGCCACGGCCGAGGCGAACCGGCGAGGAGACUGGGGCUGGGACGAGGACCGCGUGAACCCCAGGGGCCGCAACUACACGGAGAUCAUCCAGAGCAUGCAGGAUAGCGUGCUGAGCGACACGUGGGAGGAGCUGAACGUGUCUGCUUGUUUCGCGCUGUACAACGACUACUUCACCCCGCAGGGCAACGGCGUCAUAUUUGUGAGCAACGACACCACGGACCCGGAGGCCGACAGCCUGCUGAUGUACGUCUCGAUCGUGCCGCGGCUAGACGACUGGGCGAAGAACAUGUGGGCGCUCGGGAACGGGAGUAGCAACGUGUUCGUAGCGAAGUCCCCGGAUCUCCCGGUGACGACGUGGUUCCUCGGGCCGAGAAAAUACGCCGUCUCGCACUGCCGCGUCCAAUCCCCCGACACGAUCACGAACGACUGCCGCUUCGAGUUCUCGCCGUACCUCAUGGCCGCCGUGUGCGCGCUGAACUUCUUCAAGGCGAGUGUCAUGCUCUGCAUCUGGGUCACGCGGAGGUGGCAGAACCCGCAGCGCGGGGAUGCAGAGAAGGAGAUCCUGUGUACGCUCGGCGACGCCAUCGCCUCUUUCAUGCGGAGGCCGGACGCUACUACCGCCGACAUGGGGCUUUCUGGAAAAGACGACUUCGUACGCCGGCGGCCGUGGAGUGCCCGUCUCGUGAAACUACCGCUGGUUCUGAACAGGGAACCGCGCGAGUGGGAGGGGAGGCAAAGGACUUGGUUCGAGGCUGCUAGUAUUUGGCGAUGGGUUAUCUUGUUAGUUUUUUGCUGUCUCACGAUAUUGAUAGCCUCAGUCCUACUAGGGAUGUCCUUCGUAUGUCUCCGCCAUCGACGUUUCUCCACGGCCAUAUCAAGUCUCUGGCAGCUGGGCUUCGGCGCCGUCACGCCAUACACCUAUCUCGUCAUCGGCCUACCACGCAAAGACCCCGCAGGCUUGAUCCUGAACGUCCUCUUGGCCAACUUACCGCAACUCGUGCUAUCUAUUCUUUACAUACUAUACAACACCAUGCUGAGCACGUUUCUCGUCCAGCGCGAGUUCAGUCGGAUGUAUCGGCGGCAGCGAAAGCCGCUUCGGGUCUCGGAGCCGAUAGGGAUUCAACGGUCCAGCUACUUCAUCUCCCUGCCGCUUCGCUAUGGGAUACCGCUGUAUGCCAGCUCCAUUUUGUUGCACUGGCUGGUGGCCGAAAGCCUGUUCUUGGCUCGGAUAACGGCGAUAUGCGGAGAUGGUUCCCGGGAGGCAUGUCCCAGCGGGCAAGUUGAUCGAGCCAAUUCCUUUUCCACCUGUGGCUAUAGCCCCAUCUCGGUUAUCAUCACUUUGAUUAUGGGAACUUUCAUCGUUAUCUUCAUUGUAGUGAUCGGGUUCCGUAAAUACGACGGCACUAUGAGCAUGGUCUCCACUAACAGCAUGGCAAUCAGCACUGCUUGCCAUGUCCUAGACGAGGACCGAGAGGAUGGGUUCCUACUGCCAGUUCAGUGGGGUGUGGUGGAAAUGAAGGAUGGGACUGGGAAAUGCUCGUUCACGACCGCACCCUCGCACCAGAUUAAGAUGCCCGAGGUUGGGUUAAAAUACCAAUGACUAGGUGCUUACUGGGUAGGGAGGUACUCUAUAUGUAUAGGAUAGAUAGACCUUCAACUGGCAACUCGGACACUUCAAACGUACGUACGUACGUACCUAACCUAGUAACCUAGUUGUCUAACUUCCUACGUGCGUGAACUCGAGAUAUUGACUUGAGAUCAAUGGUACGAUCACCAUACACACGUUCAACAUAACUGAUAAUAUUCAAGUAGGUAUUGCCUCCACAAACGUAGCUAAAUCGCAUUGCAUGAUUGAAACUACAUGGCUUAGUUAGCUGAGGCCAAAAGCAGCCUGGAACAACAAAAGGAACAUCCCAAAGUUUUGCCACUCAACUACCGGUACUCUUCCUUGACCUGUGCUUAGACACAAAUAACACUCUGACGAAAAAUUAAGAAGAAACGCUUCAAUUAGGUAUCCAACAUUAAAACAUAUACUGUAAU